AUGGACACUGCCAGGGUGGUCUUCUUGCGAUCCCCGCCCUACACUGGCAAGACUGCUAUUGGACAACUGGUCGAGACACAACUGAUCAAAGAGAAGCCCCAGGCAUACACCCGCCGCUUGUCCUUUAUAUGGAGUACAACACUGACAACCAACAAUCGCGCGGAGGACUUUACAAACCUAUGGACGACGCACACCAAUUGCUCUUUCAAUGACUGGUUAUUGAUCGCCAUCAAGAAACCCGUCUAUUUGAUCAUCGACGAAUGCCAUGUCGUCUAUCCCAAGGAACAUCCCUAUCAUUCGCUAUUUUGGCCAUUCAUCAAGUCGCUGGCUGGCAACAUCCAUGUCUUACUUCUUUCCGUCUAUGGUGAGAAGGGCCAGGGCUCAGAGGCCUCUACCCCAGUGGAGCUCGCCGCCACCAAUCACACGCCUCUUGACCACACAUUCCUACAAUUCUCUUUCCAAGAGUACCUCGAUUUGGUCCGUCGCUUCGGACAACGACCAAGGACUUGUCCGCUGCCUCGCACCAUUGCUUCCCGAAUCUGGAACGACACGCGUGGUCAUGUUGGAUUGGUCAAGCGCUUUCUUGUUAUCUUUGAGGAAGACAAUGAGAUCAGCAAAAUGAUGCAACUUGUCAGGACAGAGAAGAAGGAGUUGUCUGCCCUCGAAACAAUGUUGUUCAAUUAUCUAGUCUCCCAGCGGUGCGUAGAUGACAUCAGUCGUUCCAGAGCAGCACCGACACGUGCCGAAUUUACGAAGGAAGAUGACACUCUAGAACUCGAACAGUUGGAGCUCCUGGACUCGAUCAUUACAAGUCGCAGUCCUGAAGGACAACAGAGCCAAACCAUUGCAUCACGCCUGAUCAAGCGUGGAUUUCUUGUCAAGGUCUUGCUGCCCACAAAGAGAGAACUCGGCGAGGAUCCGACCGAACGCCUGUACACACUGGAUUUCCCCUCUCCGUUGUACAAAAGGAUCUAUCUCAUUUGGCGAUACACUCAGAAGGGCUUGAACAAGUUUCUGAUCACACCAAAGGACGACAUCACUAAACUGAUCGUGGAAAGCAUCAGGAACUUCCGACCCGAGAAGCUGGCCAGCUACUACUCGAGAAGGGCUCCAUUGGUCAAGAAUGACCCCGUCAUCCGACCUCUGGAGGUUGUUUGGCACGAUGAGUUCUACUAUGCCUCAACUGCUGCGCAAGGACCAACCUUUAUCAGCCCCAACGUUGGCAAACGUUUCGGCUGUGAAGGGGAGGUUGACUUUUAUAUCAAUAGCAUUUUCCGGUGGGCGAUAGAGCUCCUAUCUGAGGGCGACAGGCAAGAAGAACACGUGAAACGGUUCGAGACAACUCUCAUCAGGAAAAUGGAGACAAGAACUGGAGCCUUUGACAUGAACGAGGUUGGCAUCUAUUGUGUCCUGUUGGGAAUGAUCGAUCAAUGGAUUGUGGUCGACUUCACAGCUGCUUCAAGCGAGGAACCCAACGUGUGGCACGAUCACUUAUGUGUGGUCACCUACUCUGCAGACUUUAAAGAGUACAAGGUCUACACAAAGGGCAAAGAUGCUCAGAUUAUCAAACUAGCCUAA